GUUUGCUCACGGACGGGUUGUAUUAACGGUCGUGUGUUAAUCUAGCAAAAGUGUCCGCGCGACAGGGAAUUUCAGCCUGAACUUGAAUAAUAACGGUCGUCGUGGUUUAUUCACCGACCCCCGUCAAGUUUCUUUUGUUUGUUUAUAUUGCCGUUUCUAACAACAACUAAAGGAGUACGAAUGACCUAGAUGAAGCUAAGAAGCGGAUGAAACGCGGACGUAAAUAAUUGGUGCUUGAAAUGGCGAAAAUCUUUUUCGGACUCGACCCAGAGAUGGAAUGUACGUCCACCUUUUAUCUGGUUCGGGGACUUUGGACGACUCUGACAGACAUGCUUGACUACGCAGGACUGGUGAAGUGAGUAGAAAAGGCCUUCAGCACUUGUCCUGGAAUGUUUCUAUCUACUGAUGCAUGUCAAUAUUAUGGGAUGGCAAACCCAGGAGGUGACUAUCUACCUUUCUCAUGUUGGUGACCUUGAUGGUUUUGAAGGAUCCCAGACUGAAGCUUUGGAGAUAGAGACGGAUGAAUGAUUCAAAGCUUGCCGUGGUCCAGCGCCAUGGUAGAUAUGCCGAGCCUGUACAGUCCCUUGUCCCCGCUGGGCGAUCCAAUCCUGGACAGCCCUCUGUGUGGAGAACUCAUUGGUGACAUGGAGGUGCUCGAGGACAUCUCUCAGUCUCUCAGCGACGAUACUUUCAACUUUCACGUGCUGGAAUACCAGAGCUGCAACACAUUAGUAGACGACUCCACUGUCUUAGAUGUCUUAACCCCGGCAUCUAGUCCGUCCUCAGAAGUGUUCGCGGCCAGCACAGGUCAGGACGAGAACUCAUCCGGUUCUCUCGCCCUCGAGUGCCGCGUCUGCGCCGACCGGGCCUCAGGUUUCCACUACGGAGUGCAUGCCUGCGAGGGGUGUAAGGGCUUCUUCAGGAGAACCAUUCGACUCAAACUGGAGUACGACAAGUGCGAACGCAACUGCAAGAUCCAGAAGAAGAACAGAAACAAAUGUCAAUACUGCCGUUUCCGCAAGUGCCUUGCAGUGGGCAUGUCCCACAACGCUAUCCGUUUUGGGCGGAUACCCCAAUCAGAGAAGCAGAGGCUGAAAGCAGAGAAGGAUGUCAGCGGGAAAGAGGAGCACCAGUCUCUGCAGCCGGACACGAGGAGUCUGGCCAGGCAGAUGCAUGAAGCCUACCUCAAACACUUCCACAUGAACAAAGCCAAAGCACGCGUGUUUCUCACGGGCAAGACCAGCACUCCGCCCUUCGUCAUCCACGACAUGGACUCUCUCCAGCACGCAGAGCAGAAUCUACUCACCCAGCUGCUGGGCAACGUGGCGUCCGGCGACACCUCCACUCUGCAGCAGAGAGAAGUGGAGGCCCGGCUCUUCCUGUUCUGUCAGUACGCCUCGGUGGCGACGGUCACGGAGCUGACGGAGUUCGCCAAGGCCUUGCCCGGCUUCGCCACCCUGGACCUCAACGACCAGGUGACUCUGCUGAAGUACGGCGUGUACGAGGCGCUCUUCGCCCUGCUGGCCUCCUGCAUGAAUAAAGACGGGCUGCUGGUGGCUCGCGGCGGAGGCUUCAUCACCCGCGAGUUUCUGAAGAGUCUACGCAAGCCCUUCAGUGACAUGAUGGAGCCCAAAUUUCAGUUCGCCAUGAGGUUCAACGCUCUUGAGCUGGACGACAGCGACCUGGCGCUGUUUGUGGCUGCCAUUAUCUGCUGCGGAGACCGUCCAGGACUGAGUGACGUGUCACAGAUUGAGCACAUCCAGGAGAGCAUAGUUCACGCCCUACGGCUCCAUCUGUUGUCCAACCACCCCGACAACGGCUUGCUCUUUCCCAAGCUGCUGCAGAAACUGGCCGACCUGCGGCAGCUGGUGACAGAGCACGCAGAGCUGGUCCAGGAGAUCAAGAAGACAGAAGAUGCUUCACUCCAUCCUCUUCUGCAGGAGAUCUACAGAGACAUGUACUGAGAGCUCGAAGCGUUCCCGUUCUCAGGAAGCGCCGGUGCACGAGAGAUCCCUGUGUUCGGGACAGGAGAUGAGGAAAGCCUUUGAGUUGAUGAAUGUUCGGCUCCAAGGGGGA